CCCCCCCUUCCCGUCCGUCUAUUUGUCUUGCAGACGGCUCCGCCAAGUCGGCUCCGCGCCGUCGCGGGGCCUGGAAGGUGAGCGUGGAACAGAUCGAAACUGCGUCCUGGCCUCCGCGGGGAUAGAGCAGUCUGCUGUCAAGAGCUAUGGAAACAGGAGUUGGAGUUAAGCUGCUUCAGUUAGUUUAGGUUUCCAGAUAUGAUGCUUUCAAAAUUAACCUCACCUUAACAAACCUGAGCCAUGUGUGGAAGUGGAGCACCUGAUAUAGCAGUGAUAACAACAUGGAAAUCAGUUUACUGAAGUCAGCAAUGGAACGAUUUGAUGUGAAGCCACCUCCCUCCCGGAGCCGUUCUAAAACUGCUUUGUAUGUGACGCCUCAGGAUCGUGUAACUGAAUUUGGAAGUGAACUGUAUGAAGAUGGGGGGAAAUUGUACUGCACGUUCUGCAAUGUGGUCCUAAAUCAUGUUCGCAAGUCUGCAAUCAAUGACCAUCUCAAAUCCAAAACUCACACCAAGCGCAAGGGGGAGUUUGAAGAGCAAAGCGUCAGGAAGAAGCCACGAACUCUGACUGCCUCUUUGCAGUGCAACAGUGCAGCCCAAACAGAGAAGCCCAGUGUCAUCCAGGACUUUGUAAAAAUGUUUCUGGAAGCUAGCAUUCCCCUUGAGAAGGCUGACCAUCCAGCUGUGCGAGCUUUCCUCUCUCGCCAUGUGAAGAAUGGGAACUCCAUACCCAAGGCAGACCAGCUAAGGAAAGCCUACUUGCCUGAUGGGGAUUCAAACCAGCUUCUCAAGUCUGAAGACCACUGAGGGGACGAGGCCACUUGGUUCUAGGUGUGGAGUAUUAACAGUUGCAUAGCAGUGACGUGGUUUAUUUUUAUAUUCAUGCAAUGUUAUGUAAUGGUUUUUGUAUUGUAAAAAUGACAAUCUAUUGCAAAAUGCAAUGAUGUAUAACAAAUAGUUGGUGACUCGAGUAUUAUAAGAGUUUGAAUCUAAAAUGUUGAGCUCCUGGGGACGGGCGGAGAGAAAAGAUGGCAGAAAGGUGCCAUUUUGUUGAGAUUGUACAGUCCAGUGCUAAAUGAUUAUUGUAGAGAAAUUGUUUUGUUCCCUUUUUCUCCUUCCCCAUUACCUGAUAAUUGCAAAUAAUCCAAUUAGGCAUGGUCAGACUCAAUAAUCUAAUUUCUGGCUUCAACAUGUAUACAUAUAUGUCUUAUUUAUUAGGCCCCGUAUUCUCAGCAUAACUAUAACCUAAUUCCUUACACACUGGAGUGUCAGUAAUCCUGCAGGCUUGAUUUCCAGUGCAGGUGUUUCCGUUCUGCUGGUUUAGACAAUUAUGCUGACCCUUCUUUCUGUCUCAUUGUAUGUGAUUUACUUUCUGUCGGAUCAAAAUGUGUUAACUCGUGGCUGGAUGUGCAAACUCUUGCACAGCUAUUGGGGCUCCAGAUAAACCUCCCACUGAAAGCAAAGGGUAGCAUCUACAGUUGGAUGCUCAUUCUAUUGAGCAUCCCUUUUGCUUCCAGAGUUCCUGAAAGCAAGAAUAUAUGAGAUACUCUGCAGAAAUAAAGGGUUAGGUUUCCCACAUUCCAUCAGCUUCACUACAGUUGAUCAGAGGAAAUUUGCAGUACUAUUGAGGGUAAAGUUUUACAGUCAGCUGCCUGUAGAUGGCAUUGUUGUGUAAAUAAUGCUUCUGAUAAAGAGACGUUUUGUGUUAUAUGCAAUUUCUAUUUCUUCCCAAGUUGAAUUUCAAAGCUGGUUCAGAUUAGAUAGAUUUUAAAAAUCCAUUUGAAUACCUAACAUUUAUGAACUUUGCUCAGUGUCAACCUAUGUAAUAUGAUUUCCAAGAGUGAAUCAAGAGUUACUGUUACCUUUUGCUUCAGUGAAAUACUUUUCAAGGAGCACAGCAUUCUUGGGAACUUGUAAUUCAUGAUUAAAAUAUUUCUUAAUGAAUCAGCUAACAGCAAAGCGUGAUCCCACCACAGUUAAGCACUUUUGGCUCCCACUGAUUGGAAUGGCAGAGUUAACCAUAAUUUUUCCUAUUGAAAAAAAUGCUUAACAUUUUUAAGUAUCAUGCCCCAGGCAUUUUGCUUUUUAUCAGUGGAAUUUCAAAGGAAGCACAGUGGCUUCUUACCUCUGGCCUUAUUUAUUUAUUUAUAUUAACAUGCAGAGCCCAAUCAAAUGGAGAGAAAAUGAAUGAGAAACUUUGCCAUAGAUGUUUGGUCUGAGUUAGACCAUAGGCUCAUUACUUUCUACUCUUUCUUGGGACUAAAAACUGAAGAAGGAGCAGUAUAAGCAGUCCAAGGGCAAUGCAAAUCCAUUGGAAGAUUUUUACAUAGUCUGCCAUACUGCAUUGAAGUUACAUAGAGUUUGCGGAAAAAGGGAAUGAUCCAUUCAAAUCAGUGUGCUUAAGUCUCUUGAUUUCAGUAGGUCUACCCUGACCAAUGAUAGAGAUCACCCAGAGUUUGCUAUGACAUACAGGGGUUGGCAUUGGUGAAUGCAGCCCAGGGCCUGGAGUGUGUUUGGUUUAUGAAAAAAAUGUACCUUUCAUAUUUAAACCAUGUUUAGCUCUCAUAUUUUUAUGAAAAUGUGUAGGCAGCAUCUAUUCUAGGUUUCCAUAGAUUUGGGGAGGAGCUUCUGUGUCCCCCCCAAGCUUCCCUUUCCUUUUUUCCUUGUGACACUGCAAUUUUUGCCAAAGUACUCUGAAUUUUUUUUGGUUUUUUUUUUUAAAAAAAACCCAAAUAUUCAUAAUUUUUCACCUGUAUGGAAAACAAAUACAGGGCUUUUCUUUCUUGGGCUGAACAUUGUCGGCCCUGAGCUUAAUUAACUUGGAGCUGAACCAAGGAUUACAGCCUUAAUAGUCACAUCUGGAACCAAAUACAGGUACUGGUAUACAGUUACUGGUAUACAGUACAGUAUGCCUAUUCUGGUAUAGACUUGCUGCAUGUUAGUUCUCAGAUACAGAGAUGCAGUACUCCAGUACAAUGUUCUUGGGGGGGGGGAAGUGUUGCUCUGUUGGAACUGUGGCAGUGGUGCAUCCGUUUCAUAGACAGAUGGGCCACUUGACUUUUCGGAUUAGAUCAGCUUCCUCACCAUGAAGGAAGGUCAUGAUAAUGAACUGGUAUUAGAAAAAUGCUGUACUUUGGUCCAUAGUGAAUAUGCUGUCAAAAAUGUACCUGGUUUAAUUUCAGAUUCUUUAUUUAAAAAAUAAACAUUACUCAGUAAUCUGCCUUGGUUAGGGAGGAAUGAGUAGAGCAAAUGAGUAGUUCCUUAAAAAAAUGUUUUUCAUUUUAUUGUUUUUGUUUAUCUACUAAUACUUGUGAAUUAGUUUAAAUAGACCAUAAUGCAGUACCAUCAAAAUGUGUACUUCCCUGUCUUUCUCAUCUGUAAGCUUCCUCUGAAUGAUGUCAGUAAUGAAAUAGAUGCCUAUUGUGUAUGGCCAUGGGAAAAGCAUAUACUAUAUUCCUGGGAUUGUUUCCUUGCAUUGCUUUGCUCCUUUUGUUCCUAGGGCAGCCUCAUACAUGAACAAGGAAGUGCCAGCAGCGCUGGAUAGGUGUGUAUGUGUGUAACAACACAUUAUCUUUUCACCCUUUCCGUUAAUGUGCAGAGUGGUGACUGAUGAAUUCCUUGCGCUUAUGAAACUUACACAUCUCAUCACAAAAGAGAUUGGCUAUCCCUGUCCUAACUGAUGACCUCCAGAUGCUGUUGGGCUCCAACUCCCAACAUCCCUUACAUGGCUAAUGAUCAGUGAUCAUGGGAGUUGUUGCCCAACAACAUCUGGAGGGCACCAGGUUGGCUACCCUUGGAUUAAAAAGUUCUUGUUUGGUACAUUGCACCAUAUGCAUGAAAAGACUGCGUGCAUAGAGGAAGAGAAGCUGCACUAUGAUGCCAUUGAGCCAGGUGAUCGCUAUCAAUCAUGAAAAAUGUAACAAUGGUGAAACACCAUUGAUUUCUUCUUUUUUUUCCAAGAUGUAAAAUCACCAUUUUGACUCUGUAAAUUAAAAUAGUUGUUGAAAACCAGACUUCCAUAAGCAUCAAAUGGAUAGUUUAACUUCACACAUAUUAUAUUCAUGUCAUUUUGUGCAUGUAAAAGAAUUGGAUGUUAAUAUGCUGCAGCAAACUUACUCUCUAAUGUCUCAUUCUCAAUCUGACACUCAUUUUAGCACUAAGAAAGUUCAGAAACAUUUCUGACUCUCACAAAGAAGCCUUCUGUUCAAUGGAGUCAAAAACAACAAAAAAUGAUGGAUUUCAAGAUUCAGAUCUAUGUCAGUUGACUGCAUCUGAACAGCCAGAUCCUAAGCAUUUUACUUGGAAGCAAGUCUCAUGAAUUCAGCACAACUGAAUGAAAUGAUUCAUUUUCCAAAAGAAUUGGACUAAAUAGUAGCAACCUAGCUAGAGGAUUAUAAUUUAAUAUUUUACAGAUUGGUCUGAGUAGUUCCCUAAACAUGAUCUGGCUUUUGAAUAGACUAAGGCUGCAUUCUUGUGCGUGCAUACUUGAAAGUAAGUUGCUAAAAUGAGUGUCAGAUUGAGAGAAUGAGACAUUAGAGCAUAAGUUUGCUGCAGCAUGUUAACAUGUCAUUCAAACUGUCAGACUGGGUUGGGAAUGAAAGAGGCAGCUAAUAACAGGUUGGAUCCAGCCUAACAGCUUAAUCUUUUUCAUGCGUACUUGGAAAUGAGUCCUCUUGAGCUCAGUUGGGUUUCCUCCCAAGUAAAUGUGGAUAGGAUUGCAACCUAAAUUAGUUGCACUUGGUUGCCAUUGAGGUUGAAGUUCAUGAGACUUAAGCCAUGACUAACGUUUCACAUUGAACUUAGUGGAGCAGUGGAGGUGUAGAAAUGCAUAAGAUUGCCCUCUAAGGUUGAAUCCAACCCAGUAUGUUACUAUUUUUCAUAGUCAGCAAGACAUACCUUUUAAAAGCAGGCACCCACCAAAUUUCCGGACCUACAUUUUUAUGAACUUAAAAGGUCAAGUUUUUAUCUUUAUUGUUUUAAUGGAUUAAGGAAACCUUUCCCCUCACUAGUCCAGUUUACAAUAGAUGGGAAAAUUGGUUCCUGACAACCAGGGGUGUUCUUACAUGACUCAAAAAUUUCUCAACUCCCUAAAAAAGCCUCAGUUUUUAAAAAAUUAUUUAGUCUAUUGCAGCCAUGCCAAGAUAGAUAGUGACAUAGUUAAACUGAUUUUGUGUCUCCAUUAUAACUUUUUUCUCUUGAGUGAAAUAAGGAACAAAAUAAUGUGCUAAUGAUUACCAUUUAUUUAUAGAUAUGCAUUGUAUGGAUAAUCUUGCUAUCCCUUUUUGCUAAUCCAUCUUUGAAUUUGCUGCUAGGAUUUUUGUUUGUUUGCUUAUGCAUGUUGGAUAUUCAUUGUCUUUAUGUUUUUAAAGUUCUGUGUUAACUUUACAAAAUAAACAGUUUUAAAACAAAGACUGCAAGAUCAUAUUUGAACAGUAAAAGAUACAUUGUAGAACUGCUAAACAGACAGGUGGUGCUGAUGACUGUCAGUUCCUGCCUUUCUCCUACUUUGUGCAGAUGUAGCAGAGCAAUCUAAGCCCCCCAGUCUGCCAUGCAGGAGGGGGUUUGGAUGGAGCGAAGGUGUCCCUCCACCCAGCCCUUCAUGGCUCCACCAGAAAUAUUUCGGGGAAGAGGGCUGGGCUGACACAGCACCCACUGGAUCCUCUGUAGACCCUGCUGCUGUCACACGAUGGCAAUGGGCCUGAUCUAGCCCUCUUUGCGGCACCAGCCUGGGAGUGGAGGCAGCAAAGGGCGUUUCUCUUGCCACUCCACUGUCCCAUCUGGCCAGUGUGAGCACUGGGGCUGUGGAUGUCCAUGAAGCCCUGCUGUUGCCGGCCAGGGUUUAGGAGUGCACCUUAAAAUUUUGUGUCAGUGUAUUGUGUCUCAGCAUAAUGAGCAUGAAAACUAAAGCUUUGCUUCCUUGUUGAGAAGAAAGUUGAUGAUGGGGAACCUCUGGAUGUUUUCCCCAUCAGCCCAGAUCAUUGUCCAUGUGAGCUGGGGCUGAGGGGAGUGAAGAGCCCAACGAUGUCUGGAGGGCACCAGGUUGGGAGAGGAUGUUGAUCCUUACAGCAACCUUGCAGAGCUGGUUAGGCAGAGGAAUGGUGACUGAGUCGGUGACACCUUGUGGGCUUCAAAGCCAAGUGAGGAUUUGAACCCAGGUUUCCCUAGCCAUGGUCUGCUAUCUCACCUCAUAUGAUCUCAUAGCAGAAGCAGGAACAAACAACAAAAGAUGGGCCCCAAACUAAUUUCAUACAAUCUAAAAAUCUCUGGAAUUCUAAAGGAUGGACUCUGCAUCAUCCUUUCAUUGUGAAUUUACCUAUCACUGCAGGUGGUAAAUGAGGCAGCAUUUUACAUGAAAGGCACUCUAUUCAGGGCUUGCAAACGUUAAAGCAAGCAUGUGUGCAGAAAUUAAAUAGCUUUGCCAAUAACAAACCAUACCCUGCAGAAAGUCACCACCCUGUUUCUCCCCUGCUUCCCAACUUGAUUUCCUUCCAGCUAGAUAUUAGACUUGGCCUUCUUAAACAAUGUGGACAGCUUCCAAUCCAUGAUGCAUCACAAAGGCAGGCAGGACUUGGGUCCAAACUUGAUGCAACCGCUGUACUCAUCACUUGAACUGCUGUGAUGAGGUUGUUUUGUUAACAGCUCUGUGAGAUCGUGGUGGGGAUUUCCAUCAGGAGGACAGCAUCUUAACUUUUUUAAUCUUUUAAUCUGUAUUUUAAUUU